UUAAACCAAGAACAAUCUCGAAGUAAAUUCAUCAUAAUAAACGAUAAUAAAAGUAAUUAAGGUUAAUUAAUAAACUUAAUUGAAACUUACGAAACGAAAUUAAUAAUUAACAUCAUAGAAAUUGAUUAGACAUAACCUUAAAUAGUUUCCAUAGCAACCCUAAACUGUCAUCGAAAAAAAUUCGAAAAAUUUUUGAGGUUACAAAAAAUAAAAUUGAUUGAAUAAGAGAAGAUGAUGAAUAAGAAGAAAAGAAUACGGUUGACCCACAUAUUACGAGUUACCCUACUGACCAAAUGCUUCCUUCUCGUGCGGUUUUCUCCAGGUACCGUUGCGUUCCGGAGGCCGAAGACUCCCGUUCUUCUUUCUCUUUCUUUCCGUGUGUUGAUACUCUUAAAGAUUUUCUCUCCCACUCUUACUUCUUUCUUUUUUUUAAUAGUUAAAGUGCCGUAAGUGGUAGUAGAAGGACGAGAUCUGACCGUGAACCAAAAACUGAACUCGACACACCGACAGUAUUAAUAAGAAGAGGUUGAGGGACUCUUCGUUUUAUUAUUACAUAUCGGGUGUUGUGUAUCAAGUGCGAUUUAAAUCAAAAAUAAUUAUUAAUUUUUUUUUUAAAUCAAAUUAGAUUCGGUUUAAAGCUGUAAUGGGUCGUCGAAAGGAAAGUAGUAAUAGUAACCUUAGUAAUAUUAUUAUUAUUAUUGGUAUGAGUAAUAGUAGAAGUAUUGGUUUUAACUUUGGUUGUUGCGAAGUUGUGUUGGUGAGUGGUGCGCCGUUCUAAUUUAAACCGUGAGAGUAACUUUUCGUUUUAUUAUUUAUUUUUUUCACUUAAUAUUUCGGAAAAUUUCGAGAAACUUUCUUACAAACAAUUCAAAAGUGCCUUAUUAAUAAGAAAAACGAUUCUAAUUUCGGUGGCACAAGAAUUUAACGGCAAUUAAAAAGAACGUUUAAUCUUAAACAAUAAUCGAAACUGAAGAAAUACCAAUUAAAUACGAAAGAAAGAAAUGAACGGAAUUUGAGUUUUAAACGGGAUUUUUUUUGUUCUUUGGAGAUUGGAAAAAAUUAUUAUUUUGAUCGUUUUUGUUGAGUUAUGGUAGCUAAUAAUACGGAAAAUCACACAAUGGCUGCUUUGGAAGUACAAAACGUUCGGCCGAUACUCGAAAAUGUAUCGGUCGCCGAGUUUUACGCUGGAAAAACGGUUUUUAUCACCGGUGGAACUGGUUUUAUGGGGAAAGUGCUUUUGGAGAAACUUUUAAGGUCGUGUCAUGGUGUUUAUAGGAUAUAUCUAUUAAUCAGACCGAAAAAGGGGCAAAAUUCGCGGGAGAGGCUCCAACAAUUGUUAUCAUCACCGUUAUUUGAUAUAAUAAGAAAAGAACGCCCUUCGGAUUUAUUAAAAAUCCUCCCUAUCGAAGGGGAUAUCACCCAGCCGGAUUUAGCAAUUAGCCAAAACGAUCGCGCAAUGUUACAAAGAACUGUUAACGUAGUUUUCCAUUCCGCAGCGACCGUUAAAUUCGAUGAAAAAUUAAAACUUUCAGUUACUAUAAACAUGUUGGGCACUCAACGUUUAGUCGAACUUUGUAAAUGGAUGACGAAUCUCGAAGCACUCGUACACGUAUCAACGGCUUAUUGUAAUUGCGAUCGGAAAAUAGUUAAAGAAAUUAUUUAUCCCCCGUCGAUAUCGCCGGAUCAAAUAACGUCUUUGGUGAACACGUUGGAUGAACAAAUUGUUGAUACCUUAACGGAACAAUUGGUUGGAAAUCGUCCCAAUACGUACACAUUUACGAAAGCUUUGGCGGAAUGUUGGCUGAAGGAGAAUAAGGGUGAUUUGCCAUUGGUGAUUGUGAGGCCGAGUAUCGUUUUAAGUUGCAUCGAUGGGCCGUUAAAGGGAUGGGUUGAUAAUUGGAACGGACCAACAGGUAUAAUAGCAGCUGCUGGAAAAGGUCUUUUCAGAACAAUGUUAUGCGACCCCCACAAAGUAGCCGAUAUCGUCCCAGUCGAUAUGGUCAUAAAUUUAAUGUUAGCGUCCGCUUGGAGGAUUGGAACGCACAAAACCAGAGAGAUUCCAUUAUAUAAUUGUGUUACAGGUCAACGCAAGCCGAUAACUUGGAGCAACUUCGUCGGCACCUGUUUCAAAUAUAUGAGGAAACAUCCGUUUUCGAAUAUUUCGUGGUAUCCAAGCGGAACUGUCACAGCUUCGAUCGUUUAUAAUACGUUUAACAAGAUAUUUUUGCACUGGCUUCCUGCUUACAUCUUAGAUACAUUUGUAUUUAUCUUCGGCGGAAAACCAAUAUUAGCAAAAAUUCAAGAUAAACUGUGUCGCGCCGCAAAAUGUUUAGAAUAUUUUACAACACACGAAUGGCAAUUUGAAGAUAACAAUGUUAGGACUUUAACAAUGGCGAUGUCUGAUUCAGAUCGAAAAGAGUUUUGUUUUGAUGUGUCUCAAAUUAAUUGGGAGGAGUAUAUUGAGAAUUACGUGUUGGGAAUAAGGAAGUUUAUUUUUAAAGAAGAUUUGGACACGUUACCCAAAGCGAGGAAGCAUAUGGCGCGUUUGUACUGGUUUUACAGGUUACUACAAGUCGUUACUGUACUCUCAUUGUGGCAUUUUUUGGUGUUAAGACACGCUCCUUUACGAAAAUUAUGGAUUAAUGCUUUUCGAAUAAUAGUAACGUUGCUAGGAAAACUGCCAUUUGUAAAAUAAUAACAAAAAGAAUAAUAAUAAUUAUGUAAACAAACAAAAAAAUUAAUAAUAUCGUAAAUUACAUAAAAGGAAUAUUAAAUCAAUCGAAAAAAAAAAAAAAAACUGGAUCUUGUGUAAAUAGUUAAUAACUUGGUGAAGAGAAACUUUGACUUCCGGCAGUAAAAAUUCCAUUUAAAGAAAUAUAUAAUUAUAAUAAAGAUAUAAAGAGGGCGGCAGCAACAAUUUUUAUUCGCUAUUUAAU